AUGAAGUGGAUGGUGGUGGUCUUGCUCUGCCUCCCGCUCUUGGAGGCAGCGCUCAGAAUCCCCCUGAAGAAAGCCAAGUCUAUCCGUCAGACCCUGAAGGAAAAGGGUUUGCUGGAAGAGUUCCUGAAGACCCACAAGUAUGACCCUGCUCGGAAGUACCGCGCCAACAACUUCGGUGACUUCAGUGUGCUCUACGAGCCAAUGGGUUAUAUGGAUGCUUCUUACUUUGGUGAAAUCAGCAUCGGAACUCCACCCCAGGACUUCCUGGUCCUUUUUGACACUGGAUCCUCCAACCUGUGGGUGGCCUCCACCUACUGCAAGAGCCUGGCCUGCACCACACAUACCCGCUUCAAUCCCAGCAAGUCCUCCACCUACUACACUGAAGGGAAGACCUUCUCCCUGCAGUAUGGCACCGGUAGCCUCACCGGCUUCUUUGGCUACGACACUCUGACCGUCCAGAGCAUCCAGGUCCCCAACCAGGAGUUCGGCCUGAGUGAGACAGAGCCAGGUUCCACUUUCUACUAUGCAGAGUUUGAUGGCAUCAUGGGACUGGCCUAUCCUGGCCUGUCUGCUGGGGACGCCACCACCGCCUUGCAGGGCAUGCUGAACGAGGGUGCUCUUUCCAACGACCUCUUCAGUGUCUACCUGGGCAGCACAGAGAGCUCUGAUGAUGGGGGAGAAAUUAUCUUUGGGGGUGUGGACGAGAACCUGUACACUGGGGACAUCUACUGGACCUCUGUCACCCAGGAGCUUUACUGGCAGAUUGGACUCGAGGAGUUCCUCAUUAGUGGCCAGGCCUCCGGCUGGUGUUCUGAGGGCUGCCAAGCCAUUGUGGACACAGGAACCUCUCUGCUCACUGUGCCCGAGGGCUAUCUGAGUACUCUUAUGGAGGCCAUUGGAGCCCAGGAGAGCCUGUAUGGAGAGUAUUUCGUGAGCUGUGACAGCAUUGACAGCCUGCCCACACUGAGCUUCGUCAUCAAUGACGUGGUGUUCCCUCUGGAGCCCUCCGCCUACAUCAUUAACGUAAAUGGCUACUGCAUGGUGGGAAUCGAGUCCAUUGACCUCAGCUUAGAUGAUCAGCCCACUUGGAUCCUUGGAGAUGUCUUCCUCAGGUCCUACUAUGCCGUCUUUGACAUGGCCAACAACAGGGUGGGCUUCGCCGUCGCCGUCUAGAGCUGCUGCCUGGAUCCCUGGGCUCCCUUCUUCCCCUUAGCCCCUCACCAUGUGAGGGGUUCUCUCUGUGCCUCUUCUCUGGAUCCAGCCUUCCUUUUUUUGGAUCCAAAUUUCUCUAAUAAUAAAUAGCUCUCCAUCUUAGCCAGACUGUUGUGUUUUUUUUUUUUCAGGGGGUGAGGGAGGGAGGGAAAGGGAGGAGGACCAGAGGGGCAACUGUGACCUGUAAGU